UUUGCUGCAAAGGAGCUACAGCUAGCCGGAUAAAGAUGAAGAAAUAGGGAAGGAAACAGGGAAUAUUUAAACUUUUUGACCCCUGAGCUGAUGUUUGGGUUAAACUCUGUUUGCGUAGCCAAGAAGACGGUAAAUAUUAAAAGUAGCGUCAGGUGAAACUUUCUGUCCGGUUAAACGCAGUAAAGAGUCGGCUAACGCUUCCCAUGAACUUGCACAGUAAAUAAGUAAUAAGUAAGUUGAGUCGCAGCUCAGAUAUGUUGAUACUAACAAGAUAACCGUGUUUAUUUAGGGGUUUUUUUUGUGUUGCAUCAUGGGUGGAUGUUAUUGCUUAAGCCGACUCUGCUAACUGCGUUUUGCACACAAGGUUAAAAUUAGCUUUAGCCCAGCUAGCUGCUCACUCCCCUCCUUUGCUGCAGUUUUGUCACUUUCCUAUGCUGACUAGUGAGGCCAGGUGUGCAGAAAGUAGGCCAGGUGUGGUGUGUGAUAGAUAAGAGUGCAGUGUAUUGUCUACUUCAGGGAUUUUUCUUACUUUUAGUGUGAGUCAGAGCUGGGAUCAUGCUGCUCUCUUUGGUUGUGCACACUUACUCUCUGCGUUACUGGUUCCCAGCCACCAUCAUGCUGGGAACAGCCCCGGCUUAUCUGCUGUCCUGGGGGGCAUGGCGCCUGCUUUCAUCUGUCCUGCCAGCCAGAGUGUAUCACAAACUAGACGACCGGUUGUACUGCAUCUACCAGAGUAUGGUCCUCUUCUUCUUUGAGAACUACACAGGUGUUGAGAUUGUUAUAUAUGGAGAUAUACCAAAGACCAAAGAGAACGUCAUCUACCUGUCCAACCACCAGUGUACAGCUGACUGGAUCAUUGCCGACAUGCUCGCCAUCAGGCAGAAAGCUCUGGGUCACGUCAGGUACGUCCUUAAAGACGGACUCAAGUGGCUCCCGCUGUACGGGUGGUAUUUCUCUCAGCACGGAGGAGCGUACGUGAAGAGGAGCGCAAAGUUUGAUGUGAAGGCGAUGCAGAAGAAGCUCCUCACUCAGACUCAAUCUGGAGCACCGAUGUACCUCGUUAUCUUUCCAGAAGGAACGCGCUAUAAUCCGGAGCUGAAGAACGUUAUCGCAGACAGUCAGGCUUUCGCUACUAAAGAAGGCCUGGCUGUUCUGAGGCACACUCUAACGCCCAGAAUGAAAGCCUCUCACAUAGCCAUCGAGACCAUGAGGGACCACCUGGACGCUGUGUACGACGUCACUGUGGCCUACGAGGGGAAGCUGGGCGUCUCCGGUCACAGAAAACCUGCCCCGACAAUGCCAGAAUUCCUGUGCAAAGAAUUUCCCCGAGUCCACAUACACUUCGACCGUGUGGACAUAAAGGAAAUUCCUUCGGAGCCAAUGUUCUUCCGCAGGUGGCUGCACGAGCGUUUUGAAAUCAAGGACCGGCUGCUGACGGACUUCUACGAGUCGGACGAUGCCGAUAAAAUAUGCAAGUUCCCCGGGGAAGGCAAACCUUCUCCUCUGAACCUCUCUAAAACCCUCCCAUCAGUGGUGAUCCUGGGGGGCCUGACACUGCCAUUACUGCUGACGGAGAGCGGCAGGAAACUGUACGUGCGGACCUGGGUGUACGGGACGCUGCUGGGCUGGCUGUGGGUGAAAGUCUUUCCUUAACGAACAGGGCCGAGGCUGCCACCAUGACACGCACAACAGACAUGAGCGAGGCGGCGCCGUUUUUUUUUUUUUUCUCCCUGCAUCCGAACAACACGAGGUGUGUUCAUAUAAUGCAGAGCUGCAGCGUCUGAUGAAGUGGCUGGGACGUUUUCCCAACAUGUCUGGCUCAUUGGAGACCUUGAGCUGAAAGCUGAACAAGAGAUGAGGAGAAAUGUUGAGCUUUUUUUUGUGCUGAGUGUUCCCUCGCGUUACUUUGAUAUCGCAGCCUAGUGUGAUGAGAAAAGAGAGUUACCCAAGAUGAUCUGUACUAUGAAAUAGAUACAAAAAAUAUAUAUAUACUUAUUCUAUUUAACUUAAAAUAAUUCUCCCUCCAUUAGAUCUAGCCAAAUUAGUGCUCUCGCAUGCUCACCUUUCCAUCAGACAUUGACCACUUUUAAAGCUCUUACAUGUCAUCGAAGUGUAGAGUACUUUCAAAUUAAAUUAAAGGACCCAAACCAGCUGCUGUGUGGAGCUCACACAGUCCAAGUGAUCAGUGCACUGACUCAUUGACAUUGGUUAUAAUGCUCUCUCUUACUUAUGCUACGUCCCGUGUCAGGACGAUAAUGCACUUUGCUCAUUUAAAGUGACAUUUUUUUAUUUUUUUUACAUUAGUAGAACAACAUGCGGUCUUUAGGGGCUCAAACACACAUGACACCAGCUGCUUUGUUUAAGUAUUCAUUACUUCCUCGUUUCAUACUGAUAGUGAAUGUAGCCAGGGGGGGAGAAGAAGAAAAAAAACAUGUAUCAAUGUAUGAGAGUGUUUCUUUUCAUUCCCAACAUCGAGCUCUUGAUUUGACUCACAUGAAUAUUGUCAAACAUUUUUCUUUGUCUCUGCUGACCUCCCUCCCCCCCCCCCCUCUUCAUGUAGAGAAUGUGUUAAAAAAAAAAAGUUCUACUAAUGUAAAAAUAUUCCUUGAAACCUCAAAAUGUCAAACGUUGCCAAGACCUGCUGAAUUUACAACGACGAUGUUCAACGUUGAGUUUUACGUUGAGAAAUACUUAUUUUAAUGCCAGCAAAGAAUCAUGUCUUUGUUUGUUUGUUUGUUUGUUUGUUUUGUCUGUAUAGAUUAUAAUCUCAUUUUUGUAUUGUUUAUUUGUCGGUCCGCGACCUUUAAAUGCAGUUGUUACUUCUGUUACAGCUCACAUGAAAGUAUUUACCAAGCAAAAAAAAACCCGCUGAUAAAGCCAUGUUGACAGUCUCUCACAGGUUCCUGUGCACUCGAAGCCAUUUGUAUUAUAAUUCUCACUGUAAUGUGUAAUGCACUGUACCUCUCUUCUGUUUGCUGUUUACUGUGAGAACCUUUGCAUUUUCCACACAUGUCACUUUACGUGCUUUCAGUCUCGUCUUCCUCUUCAGUCGGUCUUUGAUUGAUUCUCCUCAUGCUGAUGGUUCAGUAUCUCUCAUGGUUUUUACAUGUCGCGCCAAUACCUCACUUGAACAAUCCUUCCUCGUUUUUAAAGAUGAUCCUCGUCAGCCAUUUUAUAGUCAUUUUUAAUCCUGACAGGAUCCGACUGUAAUUCAUCAGGAAAUCUCUAUGUAGACAGUAUUUCAAUGCCAACGGAUUUUUUGGAAAUGUGUGCCUUCUCUUUGGAGGAGUCGGUCCUCAGCCCUCACAGGGACUCAGUAGCUCUUUUCCAGGUGACUGCAUGGGGGCGCUCUGCUGGAGCUGCUGCUCACUGCAGCAUGUGGUCACAAUGUCUACAGCUCAUAGUGGCUUAUUUUGCUCUAAGAAUGCAUUUAUUACACUUUUCUGAGGUCUAUAAUUAAAACGAUGAAACCUUUAAUGUGUGUACGUUUUGGAACUGGGGAUCAGAAUGAAAUAAAGUUGUUUUCUUUUUCUUUG